AUGGCCAAACCCGAAGAGGAUGAAUGGGAGUACGAGUACGACGACAAUGAGACAGAAGAUUUUUAUAUCCCGCUCGACUUGUCCAAUGUCCCCUCUGCGCAAAUUCCCAUGGUCUCGCAGGGUAGACCGGGUCACCCAACUUUACUCAAGAGCAGAUUGCGUGCGCUGAAUGCAGCGCGAGGUCAACCAGCUGAAUUCGCUGCCAACAACAAUAACGAUGUGCAAGAGACGGCUACCAUGGGAGAAGUCCAAGUCGUCGGCCUUCACACAUCGAAUCCACUGAUCAUGUAUAACGGCCAGUUACUAAGUUGCCAUUGGACGUCGACCAUCGGAACCGACAUGUUUUUCGUGAAGCCAGAUGCGAACGCUUCGACUCAAUCACAGGUCCUGCGGUCUCUGCCAUCAGUCGACUUGUUGGCUCUGGGAUCCGCAAAGCUGGUAGCAAAGGUUGGACGUCUGCGACCGCGCGAUGAUCUUGUCGACAACGCUGGCGAUGCAGAACAGGCGACUGAGGUCACGCAUACUCCAGGCGAUGACCAGAACGCUGCGAGGAACAUCCCGACCACUGCGAACACUCAGACUGCUACAAGUAACCAGGGCUCAUCCGCGUCCUCGAGCUUUCUCGCCAGGCUGAAUGAAGCCAAAGCAAAGAGAGGGGAGAAGUCGCGCUUGGUAAUCGCGAAAACGUCAGAAGGCUCGCAUCUGGUGGCGGAGAAGGCAGUGAUAGGCUCUGCUGGUGCAGAUUCUGGCACGUCGAAAACACAUGAUGACUCGCCCAUGGGUGGCACAUGA